AAGUAAUUAUGUUGGGCUUCUAGAGCCUUUCUUUUUCGUCUUUCUGGUUCUUCUUCAUCAUCUCAAAAACCAGCCGAAGAGGAACUUAUUCACCAUUAACUUUACAGAAUCAUCAAAUUCAACGAGAAUGAAGAUUAAUUCUUCCUCUUAGAACAAGAAAAAUCCCAUCUUUCGGCAUCUCUCUGCUCUGUUUAAACCCUAAAAAGAGACAAGAGUGAAAAACAAUCAACAAUGGAUAGUACAAUUACAAAAACAACUACAAAUACUACUAGUACCAGAAUUGAUUCGAGCAUAAAGGAAAGAAGAAAACCUGGGUUUCAAGUAGAGAAUCCAUUUACUUUGAAAGUAGGUCAAGUAUUUACUGGCUUUGGUGUUGGAUGUGGUGUUGGUAUUGGCGUUGGUCGUCCUUUAAAUUUAGGGGCAAUACCAGCAUUACAACAGGUAAUGAGUGCGGCUAGAGGUGCAACUGAUGCUUUUUCGGGUGCUGGAAGACAUGUGAACAGCACUUUAAGAAGAUUUGGAGCUAAGAAUAUUGAAGCAGGUGUGGGAUGCGGAAUCGGCUUUGGGCAUGGUUUUGGGGCUGGUCUCGCUUUAAAGCCCGGAGUAGUCCAUCGUCUUCAAUCAUGUCUAGCAGAAACAAUGGCUAAGGUGAUGAUGAAAAUUGGAACUGUUCCUGGCUUAUCCAUGGGUCAAAGCAUGCUUCCACCGUCCCUGCAAAGCGGCAUUGGUGCAAUGAGUGAAACCUCAAUACAAAAUCCAGUAGGAAAUAUCACAUCAUUGACAUCAAAAACUUUAGAGCACACAGCACAGAUACAGACAAAAGAUAGAAGUUCGGUUAUUGGGUCUGCUUACAAACAUAAUGCACAAAAAGGAAUGCCAUCAGAAACAUCCUUCGGACGUACUGAAAAAGUUAUUAGCAGUUUCUUGCAGAAUCCAGCUUUUGGGGGUGACGAGGAUAAUGAAUCGGCAGCGCACCUACGGUCGGAAAACAAUGUUCUUCAAUUGGUGCUAAAACACCAGAAAAUCAUUGAUGAUCUGAUGGAAGAGAACCAAAAGCUCUGCCAGAUACUUGUAGAAGAACUUAAAGUACAUCCAAGCAAAUUCCAAACCAGCAGCACAAGUGGGGCUAAAACUCAAAAUCCGUGUUCUGAUUGUUUUGACUGUCGUAGGAAGCAGCACAAAAAUAGAUAACUACCUUUCUUAAAAAACACAUUCUUAAUCCUUUUUAAGGUCUUAUAAGUGGCAUUGAAGUCUGCAAGAUUGAGAAGACAACAUUUUAUCUCUGGUGCUGACUGUUGGAAGUUAACAAGUUCAUAUACAGGAAUUCAACGUCUAUACGUUACUUUCACUGCAGCGAUUUACAACACGUUUGAAGAAAUAUCAAGUAUAUGCAACCAGUAGGAGGAAAUGAAUCAUCAGCUUAUUGGCAUAGGGACACCUUACGGAUUCUUUUUGUUAUUUUAUUUAUUCUUCAAUGUAUUGAGAGAAAGCUCUAUUUGCUCACCUGUCUCUGUUCUGCCUUUACAUACAAGUGUCUUAACCACUGUAAUUAACUUACUCUCUUUGACAUACAAAUGAAGAGAUUUUGGUGAUCACUGUGACGUACUGACGUUGUAGUUUAUUUCACCAAAAAUGAUAAAA